AAGAAAUUUAACGAGCAAUAUUCCAAUUGGCGAGAAAAACUAUUUUGGGAAAUAUUUUGGAUUUUAUUCUCGCUCAAAAUGAAUUUCCUCAAAAACGAUUACAAUGUUGCCAAAUUUAAACUACGAUUGAUUCAAAACUGAACAACAUUGUAAUACGAAAUAUGGCUGAGCUGGAAAGUGAAGAUAGUUCAGAUGGUACAUUAGUUAUCGAUGAACCAAAUUAUGAUAAUGAAACAAUUGAAAUAUUAGGUGAUUCUGACUCAGAUGUGGAAGUUGUGGAAAUUGAUCAUAAUAUAGAAGACAAUUCAGAUGUGGAAGUUGUUGAAAUUAAUCAUAAUAUAGAAGAUAAUUCAGAUGUGGAAGUUGUUGAAAUUAAUCAUAAUAUAGAAGAUAAUUCAGAUGUGGAAGUUGUUGAAUUAGAUGAUAAUGUAAGUGACAAUUCGGAUGUGGAAAUUGUUGAAUUAGAUAACCAUAGAGAAAAUGCUUCUACUUCAUUAUAUUCUUCAAGUUCAUCCACUAACACCAAUUUAACCUGUAAAUCAUGCUCUAAAGUAUUUUCUACUAACAAUGAUUUACUCAAUCACAUCAGAAAAUUUAAAGGAAGGAUAGGAGGUUGUACCAUUAUGAUAAAUAACACAUUUGCUAAAAGAAAAAAUAUUGAAAGCUCCAAAUCUGAUCACUUAAUUAAAAAAAAAUAUGGCAGACCUCUGAAAAAUAAUAAUGUUAUUCACCCUCAGGUUCCUUUAUCUGUUCUUAAACCGGUUCCUAAAACUAUUCCCCUAUGUCGUCCUUCGGUACCAGAUUUAAUACCAAUAAUCUUCAAGACUGCUAAUAAACCUACUAUUGCAAACAAUAAUAAUAUUUUACCACCUCUUAGUAAAAUUUUAGUAGAUGAAAUUGAACCAGAAUAUCCUUGUACAAUAUGUGGCAAAAUAUUUCAUCAUAAUAUUGGCCUACUAUGUCAUUUGAGUACUGAACACAAUAAUGAAAAUGAAACAACUAAUAAUAAAGAAUCAAAAAAAGAGAGAAAAUCAAAAAAAAAUCUUGCUUAUGAAAGUAUGCAGAUACAAAAUGAAGAGUCCACAUCAGACACUGUUGAUUUAACAUUAAUUCCAGAUUUUAAAAAAGAAAGCUUGUUGAAUAAAAUGAAAUCUUACGUAUAUAGUACAAGAAAAGGUCAAGUAAUUUGUCUUCUUUGCAAUAUAGACUUCAAGAAUACUAAAAGAGCAUUAACUCAUGUUGAAGAUAAGCAUAUAACGGAUAAGAGAGAAUGUGGGUAUUGUAAUAUGAAAUUUGUUUAUGAAUUAAAACUACGAAGUCAUAUGGCGAAAAGACAUAAUGUAAUUAGUGUUUACACUUGUGAUAAAUGUUCGAAGAUGAUAAAUAAUGACGAAAAAGCUUCUCAUUCAAAAGUAUGUAAAGAAAAAGUGAACCCAAUAAUAAUCAAAAGAGAAAAAAAUAUCUAACAGUUGAUAAAUUUAAAUUAUUAUUUAGUGGUGAGUACCUAAUAUGUUAAUCUAAUACCAAAGUAAAAACAUUGUACAAAGUAUUUAUUUAAAAUUUAUAGUUAUACCUAAUAUUAAAAAAAAAAAAUAAUAACAAUAAUUUUGUUAACUGAGUAUCUACGUUUUUUUUUUAUAUAUUUAUACAAAUGUAAACAAAUAUGUUGUAUAUAAAUAUUAUAGACAGUAUAACACUUGUGUCUGAAUCCUAAGAAUAUUAAUAUAACCAUAUAUAAUAAUUAGUAAUGGUUAUACUAUACAUAUAAUAGAUUAGAUUAAACCAUACAAUUUUAUUUUAGAAUUAGGGGAGUUAAAUAUUUAAUUGUCUAGUUUUCAUUUUGUAUUUAAAGUUGGCAUUUUAUUUCUGAAAAAGUCAAGUUAAAACUCUAGAAAAAUGGAAAAAACAAUUUGAAAGUUAUGACAAUGGGUUUUCUGGAUUAAUUUAAAUUUAAAGAAGUAUUCAAACAUGUGUGUUGUUAAAAUUAGUAUGUUUCUUGAAUUUAAUUAUUAUUGAUUUGUGACAUUUUAUUGUGAGAUAGUCAUAUACUUAUAAAACAUUUAAUCGGUACAUCCAAAUGUCUUCAAUAAUAAUAAUAAAGUUGUCUAUAAGUAAAUUAAUUGAAAUUUUUUAUGUUUGUGGAUCCAAAAAAUAUUUAUAAUAUGUAGUAUCUACCUACAUGAAUAUUUACUUCAAAUUUAGCUAUUUUUUAAAUUAAAAAACAUUCUAUACUCUAUCCAGCGAGAAAAUGCACUGUGGGCCGACCAAAAUUGGUUUUUCUGCGCAUCCUCAAACAUCACCCUGCCAUAGAGGAAUCAGUUUCGAUAGCAGGAGGAUGCACAGAAUCGGUGCGUUCUCUCACUGGACAGAGUAUAGAUAACUGAAUUGUAUACAAA